AAAAUCAAUUCAGACAAAAAUUUACAGGCACACACCAUCAAAAACUAGCCAAAAUCUCAUGAUAUCUCGAUUUUCGAAAAAUUGUGUAAGUUCAAUACUAAGUACUAAGUAAUGAAUAAAAAAAACAGACAUCUUAAAAACAAAAUAUUAUUUCAAAAUCAUAUUUCGUAGCGCGAAGAUUUUCACUAUUUGAGUUUGUCGGAUUGAUGAUAUAUCACGAAGUUUUUCGCCGAACCGCCGACCGUUAGAGUAUGUUGAUAAUGAUGACCUAUGUUUGGGUUUCUUUAUCACGGUCUUGUAUUGACAACAUUCAAUAAAUUUUCAAGUAUUUUCGUUUAUACAAUGUAACCACCAGAAUCCAGAUCUAAAAAUGAGUCAGCAACAUUGACGAGAGAUGAGUUAUCAUAGAUCUAUGGAUAAAAUAUAGGUAAAUGUUAAUGAUCACAACAGUUAGAAUGAGAAACACGUUAGAUCAUAAACUUUGAGAUAGGGGUAACCACAACGUCUAGCAAGGCAGGUCCUAAGGUAGUUUAUCUGAGGAAUAGAUAUUUAUUUAUGGUAGCGUAAGUAUUUUUUGAUUUUGACGUCCCUUUGUCGUCUAUCGUCUGUGGUAUAUUUACGUAGUGAUUAAUACUCUUAGGUUUCUUUUCAAAUAAAAUAAAUAUCAGAAAUACAUACUCUACUCUUUCAUCAGAAACUUUCUUUUCUGUGCUGUGCUUAAAUAAUACUGUUUCUGAUUCGGUGGUUACAAAAAAAAUAAUGCUGAAUGCCGAUUGCGUCGUGGGUUUUUAAAUUAAAAUUAAUCUGAAAAAAUACAAGGAAAUUGGUUACUAAACUUUUUAAGAUGUUUCUAUUCUAGAUCAAUAAUAAGUACAAACUUUAAAGUUAAUUGUGAAAUCACCUUGCUUAAUAAUUAAAAUCCGUAAAACACAAACUACACCAAGAUGCAGUGCUGCGUGCCUUUCUGCGUAAAUACUUCAGACAAUGCGGCAACAUCUGAGGGAACAGGAAUUACCUUUCAUGAGUUACCCAAGAAUGAAAAUCUCCAUGCUGUUUGGCUCAGAGCCCUCGGCACACAAGACCAUCAGCUGCCCGACCCUGCUGUGGUCUGCUCACAGCAUUUAUUAGAUGAAGACUUUUAUGAAACAAAGAGUUGUGUAAGGCAGAUUUGCUCUAAUGCUAUACCUACAACAGUGCAGAUGUGCAUGAUAUGCCUGCACACUGACAGCAAGCUGUCUCUAAUGAGUAAACACAAGUUGGAGGAGGCAUAUGAACAGCUAACUGGACUGUCUUUGUUUCAGUUGUGUCGUGGAGGAAACCUGAAGCAAACACUCUGUGUGCUGUGUGCUCAGAGAUUGAUUAACUUCAGUAGAUUUAGAGACUUGUGCUUGAGAGCCCAUUCACUGAUGACAGACUUACUUGCACAAGAUGAAUUAAUUACUGUACAACAUAAGGAACUGAUGAACUGCGCAACAAAACAUCUGCAGUGUAACUUAACACAGACAACAUUAGCCGCUGAUCACUGUGACUUGUACAUAGAUCACACUGAUGAAGAGGAACAGACAGCAGCAGAGGAAUCUGUAGUGGGAGAUGUUGCAACAGCUGUGCUGAAGAAUGAAUACAGUUCUGACUCCAUGUCAAAUGCUGAUAACUCGGAAUUGUUACACAAAGAUUGCAAUGACAAAGACAAUUCCAACAAUAACUGUGUAUCGGACGAUGAAUACUCUGACAUGAGUAUAAAGCUGGAAUCUGGACUACUGGAUGAAGCUAUAGGUGAAGCUCUUCAUAGGAAAGCAACAGCUUCCUGGGCUGCAGUCACAGAACAUGCUGAAAUAGAGAGUUCCAUAAAGAGUGAAAGUGUUGUCUUUGAAUGUUCAUUUUGUGAUAAGGAGUUCCUGCAAGAAAUUGCAUACAUGGAACAUUUAAGCAAACAUCUUCAGGACGCUAGCGGAGACUCUGCAUGUGAUGCAUCACAAGAGUGCGAGCCUCGUGCAGCUGUGAGCCGCAGCGGUGACUCACUCGUGCUGCAGAACAAGUCAGUAUACAACGACGCUGCAUGUGAUGCAUCACAAGUGUGCGAGCCUCGUGCAGCUGUGAGCCGCAGCGGUGACUCACUCGUGCUGCAGAACAAGUCAGUAUACAACGACGCUGCAUGUGAUGCAUCACAAGUGUGCGAGCCUCGUGCAGCUGUGAGCCGCAGCGGUUUUUACACACAAUUAACAAAGAUAUUUGUUACUUUGUUAAAACGUCCAAAAAAAUUAAAAAUGAUUUUACGAAAACGUGACGUCAUAAUUGUGCAGUAUUUAUUCAGUAUGGUGCUCAGCAAGCAAACUCACAUUCUGCUGCAAUGUUUCACAGGACAGGAAGUCGGAGGCUGA